CCAUAGCCCCACCCCGGCAGUGCCACUAAAUACGUCCUUCCGCUUCCUUCUCUCUCUUUCUCCGCCAUCGAGGUGCGUGCGUUCGCCUCUCCUUCACCAUGUCUUCCCACAAGACUUUCAGGAUCAAGAGGUUCCUGGCCAAGAAACAAAAGCAGAAUCGGCCCAUUCCCCAAUGGAUUCGGAUGAAAACUGGUAAUAAAAUCAGGUACAACUCGAAGAGGAGACAUUGGAGAAGAACCAAACUGGGCCUAUGAGAAAUCACACAUGAGAGAUGACUCACAUAUUUAUGCUGUAUCCAGGUUGCCUACACCUUUAAAUGAUUGAAAAGAUGCUACUGUCUGGACAGUUGGGGCAUUUUAAUUGGAGAAUUAAUGGACUUGUGAUUUUGCUCUGUUGAUCCCCCCCCCUGCAAUAGUAGGAUGGUUCAGUAAUAAAUAUGUGAGACCUUUUAAA